AUGAGCACGACAGCGACGAUCGUAAACGACUCCAACCACCACCACCUCGCCCCGCAUGCCCGCAGACACCACCACCACCACCGCACGCCGUCGCCCGUCCCGCCGGUGCCGGCGCCCGACGUCGUGUCCUUCUUCGACCCCGCGUCGGCGGGCGGCGGCGGCCCGCUCGUGCGCAUCGCCACUGCGCACUCUGAGCGCGAGAGAGAACAGCAGCGCCGUGCAGGCGGAGGUGCCUUGGGCAUGACGCCCAUGCCUGAUGGCAGUGUGGCGCCUGCGGAGAAGACGACGCGGGGCGAGGAGCCCGCCGCUGGAGGCAUGGCCGCGUCCAUCGACGACGAGAAGAACCUCGGCGCCGACGCCGAACAAGCCAAACCUGACGACGACGCAUGCGACGAGUGCGCCUCCAACGACGCCGAGGAGCACGUCUACCCGGACGGCGGGUACGGCUGGGUGGUGGUCGUGUGCUGCCUGACGCUGAGUGCGCUCACCAACGGGUGGGGCAUGAACUAUGGCGUGUGGCAGCAGUACUACGCCGACAGCCCAAAAUACUCGCACUACCCCAACGCGGUCGUCGCGCUCAUCGGAAGCCUGCAGGGCUUGCGCGUCCUCAUCAUCGGCGCCGUCAUCUGCUGGCUGGCGCUCUUCUCCGCAGCCUUCAGCCACAACCUCGCCUCCCUAGUCGUAACACAAGGCCUGCUCCUCGGCGCGGGGCAGGGCAUGAUCGUGCCGCUGUUCAUGAGCCUCCCGUCCCAGUGGUUCUUCAAGCGCCGCGGCCUCGCGUCGGGGAUCACGCUCGGCGGCGCGGGGCUGGGGGGCGGCGUGUCGACGCUUGUUGUGCGGCGGCUUCUCACGGCCGUGGGUGGGGACAAGACACUACUCAUCUACUCGUUCAUCAACCUCGUCUUCAUGGCCAUUGCCAUCGGGCUCAUCCGCACGCGCCCGCACUCGCCAGAGGCGCAAGCCACGCGCGGGCCAUGGAUCAACCGCGCCGUGCUCUCGCGCUCCGAGUUCUGGGCGAUCGCGCUGUCGCUGUUCGUCGGCGUGAUAGGGUACGGCGGGCCGUUCGUCUUCCUCCCGCAGUGGAUGAGCCUGCACUUCCCCACCCUGUCCCCGGGGCAGGUGACGGUCCCGCUCACGAUCAUGGGGUUCACGGUGUGCGUCGGCCGCUCGGGCGUGGGCCUGGUGGCAGACUACAUCGGCCCGAUGAACACGUACAUCCUCGUGCUCGUCUUCUCCGGCGUGACGCAGUACGCGCUCUGGCUGACCGCCAAGAGCUUUGCCGCCGCGUGUGUCUUUGGGCUGAUGUACGGCCUCGUCGCGCCCGGCUAUCUCGGGCUGCUGCCUCAGAUCGUCGUGACCGUCUUUGGGCCCAACGCGCUCGCGUCGAAUGUGGGGUUACUGUUGUUGUUCGCCGGCCCAGGCAUGGUCGUGUCCGCCGCGCUCGGUGGCGCAAUGUUCGACGCGACGGGGCGCACCGACAUGAAGUGGAUGAUUGUCGUCAUGGGCGGGCUGCAGAUCUUUGCCGGGGUGCUGGCGUGCUGGGCACGUGUCAAGGCCAGCCGGGCGGUGUGGGCCAAGAUAUGA